ACGGCGCGAGCGCGGGACGCGGGAGCCGCGCCGGACCCAAGCACUUCCCCAACAGCCGCCAGGCUCAACCUUGCUCCGGGCCCCGCCGCCGCAGCUCAGAGACCUGCUAUGGCCACGUCUAUACUCGGGGAAGAGCCGCGCUUCGGAACGACCCCGUUGGCCAUGCUGGCGGCGACCUGCAACAAGAUCGGCAACACCAGCCCGCUGACCACGCUGCCCGAGUCGAGCGCCUUCGCCAAGGGCGGCUUCCACCCCUGGAAGCGCUCCUCGUCCAGCUGCAACCUCGGCUCCAGCCUCUCGGGCUUCGCCGUGGCCACGGGCGGCCGCGCUUCGGGAGGUCUGGCGGGUAGCUCGGGAGCCGCCAACAGCGCCUUCUGCCUGGCCUCCACGUCGCCCACGUCGUCCGCCUUCAGCAGCGACUACGGCGGCCUCUUCUCCAACUCAGCGGCCGCGGCGGCGGCGGCGGCCGGGGUGUCCCCGCAGGAGGCGGGCGGCCAGUCGGCCUUCAUCUCCAAGGUGCACACGACCGCGGCCGACGGCCUGUACCCGCGCGUGGGCAUGGCGCACCCGUACGAGUCGUGGUACAAGUCGGGCUUUCACUCGACACUGGCGGCCGGCGAGGUGACCAACGGCGCGGCGUCGUCGUGGUGGGACGUGCACAGCAGCCCCGGCUCGUGGCUGGAGGUGCAGAACCCCGCCGGGGGGCUGCAGAGCUCGCUGCACUCGGGCGCCCCCCAGGCCUCGCUGCACUCGCAGCUGGGCACCUACAACCCCGACUUCAGCUCGCUCACGCACUCGGCCUUCAGCUCCACGGGCCUCGGCUCCUCGGCCGCCGCCGCCUCGCACCUGCUCUCCACCAGCCAGCACCUGCUGGCCCAGGACGGCUUCAAGCCCGUGCUGCCCUCCUACUCGGACUCGAGCGCCGCGGUGGCCGCCGCCGCCGCCAGCGCCAUGAUCUCGGGCGCCGCGGCUGCCGCCGCCGGGGGAGGCUCCGCGCGCUCCGCCCGCCGCUACUCGGGCCGCGCCACCUGCGAUUGCCCCAACUGCCAGGAGGCCGAGCGCCUGGGCCCGGCCGGGGCGAGCCUGCGACGCAAGGGUCUGCACAGCUGCCACAUCCCCGGCUGCGGCAAGGUGUACGGCAAGACGUCGCACCUGAAGGCGCACCUGCGCUGGCACACGGGCGAGCGGCCCUUCGUGUGCAACUGGCUCUUCUGCGGCAAGCGCUUCACGCGCUCCGACGAGCUGCAGCGGCACCUGCGGACUCACACGGGCGAGAAGCGCUUCGCGUGUCCGGUGUGCAACAAGCGCUUCAUGCGCAGCGACCACCUGAGCAAACACAUUAAGACGCACAACGGGGGCGGCGGGGGCAAAAAGGGCAGCGACAGUGACACGGACGCCAGCAACCUGGAGACACCCCGCUCCGAGUCCCCCGACCUCAUCUUGCACGAUUCGGGCGUCAGUGCCGCCCGCGCAGCGGCGGCGGCAGCGGCAGCGGCGGCGGCGGCAGCGGCGGUGGCCUCCGCGGGAGGCAAGGAAGCGGGGGCUGGCCCGAACGACUCUUAA